AUGGCGGAGGAUCAAGCAACGGCAGCGAUGGAAACAUCGAAGGUGGAGAAGCAGCCUGAGACCAUAACAGAGUCUGAAGCAUCGGGAGUGACCACGACGACAAAAAGGAUUAUGGUUGCUAUCGACGAGAGCGAUUCGAGCUUUUAUGCUCUUCAAUGGGUCAUUGACCAUUUUGCUACCCUCUUGAUGACCACUGAGGCUGCUGAAGCGGAAGGUGGCUUGCUCACGGUGGUUCAUGUGCAGGCUCCGUUUCAUCAUUUUGCUGCUUUUCCGGCUGGACCAGGCGGCGCAACAGCAGUCUACGCACCUUCGGUGAUGAUAGAGUCAGUGAGAAAAGCACAACGGGAGACCGCUGCAGCGCUUCUCUCACGUGCACUCCAGAUGUGCCGAGCCAAACAGAUACGUACUGAAACUCUGGUGUUUGAAGGCGAGCCAAAGGAGAUGAUUUGCCAGGCGGUGGAGCAAAUGCACGUUGAUCUUCUCGUUGUCGGUAGUCGUGGCCUUGGCAAGAUCAGAAGAGCGUUUAUUGGGAGCGUUAGCGAUUACUGUGCUCAUCAUGCCAACUGUCCCAUCCUUAUUGUGAAGCCACCAAAGGAGAUUACUAGUUAA